GGUGUCCAGUGUCCGAGAGACUAGAAGUGCAUACAGCUCUCGAGAGAAUUCGAGCCUCGUUAUUGAGACCACGCUGCGUGUCGACGAUAUUCCAAGGUUCAUCCCCAAUCUUGAGGACCUCAAGCUGAGGAAGCUUGCCGACUACAAAACUGUGGUUCUGAUCGAUGAUUCCAUUUCUGUUGGUGUUACUUUCCUUGUAACAUGACUUAGAUGUUCUGAUCUACCUCAUUUAGAUGGCCGAAGAACAAUCUUGGACCCUUGUCCGUGGAGCUCUGGCGGGAAUAGCUGAUCUUGCGAAUCAGUAUGGCUCUCAAGGAAUUGAUUUGCACUUCUUGCACCAGGAGCAUUACCAUCAAAACAUCAAGACGAGCCACGAGGUUCAACAAAUUUUCGAUCAAAUGGCCCCUAACGGUCCAGAAACGCCAACUGCUGCGAAACUGGAGGAGCUUAUCAACACCUACCUCCCCCUCGUGGAACGCAAAUUCCCUCGACACAACCCUAUCGAUAUUAUCGUCAUUACUGAUGGUGUCGCAACUGAUCAGCAGGCCCUCCCUGAGGUUAUCGUCAGUGCAGCUCAGCGCCUGGAAAGAAGCCAAGUUCCAGAGGGAAUGUUUGGCAUCCAGUUUGUACAGAUUGGCACAGACGCGGAGGCUGCUUUGGCAUUGCGCGCUCUAGACGACCACCUCGAGCAGCAGUACAAAGUCAGAGAUAUCGUGGAUACCACACCUUACGAUCCUCAACAGGGCGCGUUCAAUACCGAUUACAUGCUGAAGAUCCUGCUUGGUGGUGUGAAUAAGGUUCUUGACAAUGGAGGUCCUGUGCCGAGCGAGUUGCUCUCUAUUCCAGUCCCAUACGGGCCGAGGUAAUCGAUCCGUCUCGGACUCUCAGCAUUGAAUUUCCCGAAAUGUCUGUGUCGUAU